AUGGCGAUUGAUGAUGAAGAUGAUGAAGAUGAUGAUGGUUGCGGUGGUCGUGAUGAUGACCAUUAUAACGGAGAUGAUGACGAUAACGUGAUGUUGUUUUGUGACCUGUACACGCAGUAUGCUAAAUCCUCUAUUGUGGGGAGGAGUAACACUACAGUACCAAUCAAAUCCCAGCUCUGGGUCGUCCUCCAGAAGCUCCGCCCCUUUCUCCUCUUCAUCAGUGCGUCUCUGGUCCUCCUGGUUGUGGCAGUCGUUGCAUGGCACGAUCUGGACAACAGCGAGUACGACUGCUGGCCGCUGGAGAAACCAGACGAGCUGAACAUGAUCGACUGUGGAGGAUUAGAGAUGGCCUGGGUGUUACGUCCCCCAGAAAAGAUUCUGAGCGGUGAGGAGUUUAACGUCAUUUACUCAAUAACAGUUAAUGAGGAGUUUUAUCAGUGGGCCGUGGACCAUAACCUAUUCAUACACAGGUCAAUCACAGAUGCUGCUGAAGCUCGUCGAUUCUGUGAACAUCAGGAGUGUCCCAGUAACUGGAAAGAUGCGAACGCAGAGAACUGCUGCAUUCACCACGCUAACAUCCACUCCUGCCCAAUGGGUUACAUGCAAGCAGCGGAUGAGAGGAUCUGUGGUCCAUGGAUUCCUGAUGAUGGCAAAAUCUUCACACACACCAUCUCUGUAUCCGGCAAAAUGACCCAAACCAACUGGUCUGCCAAGGUGGUUCUGAUCCAUGAGGGUCUGACGUCUCUGAUCGCACACAUCCGAGUCGGGAACAUGCAAGUGGCUCUGGAGGCCAAGAGCAACGUCCUGCCCUCCAUCAUGUGUGGGGACGGUGUGUGUCUGGAAGAGGAGAGCUGUUCCACCUGCCCAGCCGACUGCGGUGAUUGUCCUCUCAGUGCUUCAGUACGUGCAGCUAUUGGGAUAAUUGUGACCAUUGUCAUCAUCAGCUUCUUCUCCACUGCCAUGUGGUUCAGGUAUCAAAAACAGAAGUUGUUGUGGGAUGAGAGCUGGAUCAUAGACUUCAAUGAAAUAAAACAGGACCCCGUUGCUCAGGUGGUGAUGGGUAGUAUAAUCAGCGUUCCAGCGAUGAACAUCGACUCCAAUGCCAGCUGUAUGACGGGCCUCGGCUCCUGCACCGGCAUGCCAGCCUCACGCAAACAGCUCUUUACAAACACCGGCAUCUAUGAUGGACGAACCGUCGCCAUUAAGCAGAUUAAUACGAAGACGUUUUCUCUGUCAAAAGUCAUCAGGCAGGAAGUCAAGCAAGUCAGAGAGCUCGACCAUCCAAACCUGUGCAAGUUUUUCGGAGGUUGCGUCGAGGUGCCCAACGUUGCCAUAGUAACCGAGUAUUGUCCCAAAGGCAGCCUGAACGACGUGCUGCUAAACGAAGAGAUCCCGCUGAACUGGGGUUUCAGGUUCUCUUUCGCGGCGGAUAUCGCACGUGCCAUGUCGUACCUGCACCAGUACAAGAUCUGUCACGGCCGCCUCAAAUCAUCCAACUGCGUUAUCGAUGACCGCUGGGUGUGUAAGAUCACAGAUUACGGUCUAAGUGUGUAUCGACGUGAGGAUUGCCCGGAGCCGCUCACCACCUACCAAAUGAGGCUGAGGGAGGUGUACACUCCACCUGAAGCUCAGAACAGCAACAUGGAGCCCACGUUCGCUGGAGAUGUGUUCAGUUACUCAAUUAUUCUGCUGGAGAUCGCCACAAGGAAUGACCCUGUCCCUGUGGAAGACAAUUCAUUAGAGAGUGCCUGGUGUCCUCCGCUUCCUGAACUGAUCUCUGGGAAAGCUGACAGCACUUGUCCUUGUCCUUCAGAUUAUGCAGAGCUGAUUCGCCGCUGCCGCUCCCAUAACCCCGCCCACCGGCCCACCUUCGAGCAAAUCAGGAAGUUCGUUCACAGGAUCAACCCUCACAAAGAAAGUCCAGUGGAUAUGAUGAUGAACCUGAUGGAGAAGUACAGUAAGCAUCUGGAGGUUCUGGUGGCAGAGCGCACACAGGAUCUGAUGCAUGAGAAACAGAAAACCGACCGACUGCUCUACAGUAUGCUGCCGAAGGCGGUGGCCGAUGACCUCAGACAGGGGAAACCCCUCCAGGCUCAGAGCUACGUCAGCGCUACUGUCUUCUUCAGUGAUAUAGUGGGGUUCACACAGUUGUCCAGCAGCAGCACUCCAUACCAGGUUGUCGAUCUGCUCAACAAACUCUACACAACUUUCGAUGACAUCAUCGACAAUCACGACGUCUACAAAGUGGAGACAAUCGGAGACGCCUACAUGGUGGUGUCGGGUGUGCCGCGUGAGAACGGAAUCCUACACGCAUCUGAGAUCGCCAGCAUGGCUCUGGAUCUGGUGUGUGUGUGCAAAACGUUCAGGAUCCCACACAAACCGCAGACACAGCUACAGAUCCGUGCGGGAAUACACUCAGGCCCGGUGGUGGCCGGUGUGGUUGGGACUAAAAUGCCGCGUUACUGUUUGUUCGGAGACACCGUAAACACAGCGUCACGCAUGGAGUCCACGAGCGAAGCUCUGAAGAUCCAGUGCAGCUCCAGUGCGUUCUACCUGCUGGAGGAGAUCGGUGGAUACACACUCACCUGCAGAGGAGUGUUACAGGUCAAGGGAAAAGGGGACAUGGUGACAUACUGGUUGGAGGGGAAGCAGGCGGUGAAGGUCAGUAAGGAGAAAAAAGGGAAUAAAGAGGAUAAAGAGAGAAAUCAGGAGAAUAAGGAGAAGAGAGCGGAUGAUGGAGACACGGAGCAGUUUAAUCUCCUCCCUGGAGUCUGCAACAGUGACAACAACGACGACGACAACAACAACACCAGCAACCAUCUGCUCAUCGACCCCAACUAACACACUCACACACACUCACACACACUGCGACACACUCCGAUCAGCUCUCUUUUAUAUGAAACACACACUCACCUGUCAGGACGUGUCAUAUUGUCUCCGCUCUGUCUUUAAUCAUCACGUGCCUAAUGUUUAGAAGUUAUCUGAGUUAAAUAGAUCGUAGACCUGUAGAUCAUGAAGUCAUGAAAUGAAGAAGACUUGUUGAUUGAAGACAAAGACGUAAGAAAACUUACAAAGACUUUUUUACAAAGGCGUCUUUGUCACAAAUGAAAAAGUGUUUGUCUUCUCGAGUCUUCUUCGAUCAACAAGACUUUGUAACUCUUUUUUCA